UUUGAGUUCUGAAUUCAUGCAUUUAUGAUAAUACGUUUUAUUACAAUUGUUCACUAGAUCUGUGUAAACAUGGUUCUUAGAACUUUUAUAUUAACAAAUCUAUUUUUAGUUGUGGCUACUAAUAAUUACCACUGUAGUCAUGGAACUGCGUUAAUGCUGAUGAAAAGACCGGCUUACGAGUUCUCUAUAAAGAUUCUGGACAGAGUAUCCCAUGAUACUGGUGGUCAUUUUGUUUUCUCUCCGAUGUCAACGUGGUUACAAUUAAUGCUGCUGUCAGAUGGAGCAAGAGGGACGACAUUUUCGGAGAUAUGGAAGGUGACAAGACAUCACAAGAUGAAGUGCUUUCGACGCAAGAUUCGAGACAUUUUAAACAUUACGGAUAAAGAAUUGAAGUUGAUAAAUAAACGUAGCAGCGUAAUUGUUGUAGAUAAAAUAAUGAAGGUGAAGAAGCGAUUUAAGAUGGAAUCCGAGAAACAUAAUGGAGUUAGAGUUUUGUCAGUGGAUUUUAGUGAUCCGGAGCAGGCAGCGGCUGAAACGAAUGCUGUUAUAGAGUCUGACAUGGAUGGCGUAAUCACUGAGGGAGUUUAUCCGACUGAUUUUAACUACACAGUCCUUCUGAUGAUGGACACGACAUAUUUUAGAGGUGAUUGGAUAUUUCCUUUCAAUACUGUUUAUACUACUCUACAGCCGUUUUAUUCACAACAUGAUGAAUAUCUCGGUGAUGUGAUGAUGAUGAAUCAAAUAUCAUAUUACAAUUUAGUUGAUAUACCAAGAAUAAGAGCUAGAGUGUUAGAACUUCCUUGUAGUGCAGAUAAUCGUGUUUCUAUGUUAGUUUUAUUGCCGAUUGAAGGUACAGUGUUUGAUAUAUUCUUUUCUUUAAAAGCUAUAAGAUUAAGAACGAUCUUUAAUUUGUAUAAACAGAAUGGAAAACAGUUAGUUAAUGUGAAAUUACCGAGGUUUAAAAUAAUUACAGAAAUUGAUACAUUACCAGAGUUGUUGUAUGAUAUGGGAGUGAAAAGAGUUUUUUAUCCCAAUCUUGCAGAUUUGAAGGGAAUAAGUAAUUAUGGUAUUUACGCCUCUUUGAUAUCACAGAUCGCAGAUAUAGAGGUCAUAGAAAAAGGUAUCACAGCUAAAUCAGUUGCAGAAUUUUUGGUGACGGAUAAAAAAACUUUAACAUUCAACGCGGAUCGUCCGUUCGCAUUUCUUAUCGUCGAUACGAAGACUGAAAUGAUUUUGUUCGCUGGAAGUUACAGUACACCUUCAUUGUACUAAUUUUAUAAAAAUUAAAGUAAUUAAUUGUUUUUUAUGAACCAUCUCUCUCUGGUUUCCUUCUCACGUAUCCUCGACGAAUUUGUUUUCAGAAAUGUUAAUAUUUUGCUAUAUUUUUUACGAUAUGUUUAUCGCAAAAC